CCUCGAAUAUCCUUAGAAGAGCGAGGACGGCUUCGGAACGGGUUUCAAAGCCGGUAGGUAUAACAUAUAACAUGAUCUUGUAGCCAUGGAAUAGAGACGACUCAUGAACAUUACAAAACAUAUUCCGGCAGUAACAUAUAUAUCUCUUACAAGUCAAGAAACAUGGCGCCUCUGCUAGCAAGCAGUCCCCUCAACUGGGCGUUGAUUGGCGUAUCACUCACUGUCGCAUUCGUGAUAGGCAAGGCAUUCUAUAACAUCUUUCUCCAUCCUCUCCGAUCUUAUCCCGGACCUUUUCUUUGGAGAGUCUUCCCCAUUGCUAGAUAUGCUCGGCUGGCGCAUGGAGAUUUGCCUUUUUACAUGAAAGAAUUACACGCCAAAUAUGGACCCGUUGUGCGGAUAACACCGAACGAACUUGCGUUUUGCGAUCCCCAGGCAUGGAAGGACAUCUACGGCCACCGUUCCGGAGGCGCGCCGGAGCUGCCUAAGUACGAGUAUUUCUACCGCGCCGUGGACAACAUUCCGAGAGGUAUCAUCAAUGCAUUCAGAGAUGAACACGCCGCCUUGCGCCGCCAGCUGUCUCAUGGGUUCUCCGAGCGAUCGAUGCAGCUUCAGGAGCCUAUCAUUGGAUCGUAUGUAGACUUGUUGAUUAAUCGACUUCAAGAAAAAUGCCAGGGAAAUGCCGCUGGUGUCGACAUGCGAGAGUGGCUGAAUUGGACAACCUUCGACGUCAUCGGAGAUCUGGCCUUCGGUUCCGCAUUCGGCUGCCUCGAAAGUUCCGACUACCACCCGUGGGUCAGGCUUGUAGCCAAUUCGGUACAGCAAACCGCAUUCAUGCAGAUAAUCUCCGGUUUAGGAUUUCGACCUAUCACUCGCGCUCUUCUGAAUAUGAAGAAGAUGGCAAUUACGGACAACCAAAAAUUAGUCAAGGAGAAGUUGGAGCAGAGGAUAGAACUCGGUGUCGAGAGACCUGAUUUCCUCGAGUCGCUUAUUAAGAAGAAGGAGGCGGGCGAGAUGAGCUUCAUGCAGAUCGCGGCUAAUGCCGCUACUCUCAUCGUAGCCGGAAGCGAAACGACGGCGACUCUUCUCAGCGGCGCCUUAUUUCUUCUGACAACUAACCCGGAUAAGCUUGCAAGACUCACCAAGGAGGUCCGCACAUCGUUUAACAACGACGACGAGAUCACCUUGACUUCGGUUGGAAAGUUAUCGUAUAUGCUGGCUUGCCUCAACGAAAGUCUCCGAGCCUACCCUCCCGUCCCAACCGGAAUGCCGCGACAAUCUCCAAAAGGUGGCUGUUUUAUCCUAGGAAAAUUCGUUCCAGAAGGCACUGUUGUAGCGGUCUGGCAAUACGCGAUAAACCACCACUCGGAAUUCUGGACCGAGCCUAACACUUUCGCACCAGAGCGAUUCUUAGGCGACCCGAAAUUCAAGAGCGACCAGACCGACGCGAUGCAGCCAUUCAGCGUUGGCCCACGUAACUGCAUCGGCCGCAAUAUGGCUUACGCCGAGAUGCGGCUUAUCCUGGCCAGGAUCAUUUACAACUUUGAUAUGGAGAUUGCAGAGGAUAGUCGACAAUGGUUGGCGACCCAGAAGGCGUACACGCUGUGGAAAAAGCCGUCGUUGAAUAUCAUUAUGAAGCCUGUUGUUAGGUGAACUAGAUGAUUGUGAUAUAUGUGAGAUAGGAAAGAUAAUGGCAGGCCUUCAGAUUGAUAGUGGCUUUGUAGCCUCGCUCUUCUCUAUCUAUGUAUACUUAUUCAUGGCAAUAUUGGGUUGGGUGGGAUGGAAAGGGUUUAGUUAGGAAUUCCACGGUGUUUUAUCUAAAUUGGACCGGGGUGCGGCCUCUAUCCGCUCCCCCCUUAC